AUGAGAAUACGAAGUACUUUUAUCAAAAUCAAGCGAUUUAAUUCAAGUUCCAACUCCACAGAUCGUUUAAUGGUACUGAGUAGAGACUUAUAUAAAAAUUUCAUGGAAUGCUGUGAGCCAAACGUUGGAUUGGAAAUCCCCAAACAGGCAUCAAGAACAUUUCAUAAUAGCAUAGACAGAACAGAAAUCAAAUAUGCAAUAGCACCAGACUUUUUCGAGUACCGUACAUUUUUGAAAGACAUAGAGACAAGAACUGAACCGAUCCAAAGAUUUCUUGGCCCAAAUUUCCAGCUAACUUCUUCAGAAAUACUACAAAUAUUAUGUGGUUUAACAGAACUACCACCUAAUAUUACAGAAUACCAAAGACUUGAACCUCCAGCACCACCCCGUGCUACAAAUAAAGUUGCACAAGUAUACUCCAGCGAUCAACUUCGAGCGCUAGGAAGACGAAUAUAUGAUUUACAAGUAAGACUAGUAACGACUUUCAAUGGAAACCAUCUUUCUAUGUCACCAGUGGACAUUCAGUCUAGCUUUGUGCAUUUCAUUAGGCCCAAUAAUACUAUUAUUCCCUUUAUGAAGAAAAACCAAAUAUAUGAAUGCAUUAUUCCGUUUACAGGUACCAAUCGAGAAAAGGAACUAAAGGAAGCAGCGCAGAUUGAAGCCCGCAAACUGGAAAUAAAAGACACAACGGCCAUAGCUAGCUUCUAUACCAUGUUAGGUAUGCUUUGCAUGAAGUUCGGAACCGGAAAAGUGAUAGACGAGAUUAUAAUAGAGAAGAUUUUGAUUGGAAAUAACGGGAUUAUUCGAACUCUCUCCGAGAGCUUAUCGAAAUCAAAUAAAUUUAGCAUUUAA